AUGACUAUUGUCGAAGAUGAUGAUCAAUCUACACCGACCAUGGCUGAACCGCCUAAUCAGUCAAGUGUUAAUAUCAAUAGUCCCUUGUAUAUGCAUCCAUCUGAUAAUCCCGGAGCAGCGUUGGUUCCUGUUCCAUGUGAUGGUUUUGGAUAUCGAUCAUGGAGAAAGGGUGUAAUGCGAGCCCUAUCAGUGAAAAAUAAGCCGGGAUUUAUCAACGGGGAAUGUAAGAGACCAGAUUCAGACUCAUCGAAAUUUCGACUAUGGGAAAGAUACGAUGACAUGGUCACUUCAUGGAUUCUAAACUCCUUAACUAAGGAGAUUGCAGAUAGUGUUGAAUAUGUGACAGAUGCAUUUGAAUUGUGGAGAGAACUUGAAGAUCGAUAUGAUCAAACAAAUGGAACAAAACUCUACCAGAUCCAAAAAGAAAUCAAUGAUCUAUCCCAAGGAGCCCUUGAUAUCACUGGUUACUACAUUAAAAUGAAGAAGUUAUGGGAGGAACUCAACACUUUAAUUGUCAAAUCUCAUUGCACUUAUAAUUGUACAUGUGGAGCUAAGGAAAGCAUGUACAAAGCUGAGCAGGAUAAGAGGUUGAUACAGUUUCUUAUGGGAUUGAAUGAGACAUACACUAUAGUUCGAGGCAGUAUACUCAUGAUGAAUCAUCUUCCUUCAAUUGCCCAAACUUUUUCAUUGCUAAUUCAAGAGGAAAGGCAGAGAAAAAUCAAGCCAAAUAAUCAUUUGGCUCUAGAGUCAUCAGCUUUAAGUGCUAGCACAAAUAGACCCGGUUCAUUCAAGACAAACUAUUCUCCAAAUAACAAUCAUAACAACAUGAACAGACCUUUUUGUGAUUAUUGUAAGAGACCAGGGCACACCAAGGAGAAAUGUUAUAAGCUUCAUGAAUAUCUUCAAAGUUUCAGUCAGAAUCAGAAUCCAAAUACAAAUCACAAUCAGACCUCCAACUUCAAUCAAAAUCCUAGACAAAGUUUCAACUACAAUCACAAUUCCAACAACAACUAG